AACUCCUGUGUCGCCACUCCAUGUUCAUGUGGCCAGCCCAGAGUCGAUCAAAAAUAAUUUUCCCAAUUUUGAACGCGUCCAUCUGCUCAUCUUGGUCUAUACCAUCCUCUUGUCUGCACCGUCUUAUCAUACCUGUCAUCUACGAAGCAUUUGUUGAUCCGGUUUUCGUGUCUUGCUAGACUGUGUCACUUGUUGUCAUUUCCGAAGCUUGCUCAUGUCAUCAGCAGAUGCUGAGCGGCGGCGCCGCGAAAGUCUGGAGGCUAUGAGAGCCAAGGCUCGAGGCGGAUCGAAGCCUUCAAUUUCACCUACCAAUGGAAGUAUUUCUGCUUCGACGAAACCGUAUAAUGCAGUACCUCAAUCCCCUGACGUCCUUGUCCCACCAUCAUCUUCACCUGUCCCAGCCAUCACACCGAAACACUCUGUGUCCAAAUUCUUUGCUGCAAAUGGGACCAAUGGGUUCUCGAGCUCGGGCGCACAGUCGAAUGGAUCGGUCAUCCCGUCAUCGAAGCUCUCUUCGAACGUCAAUGGGAAUGCCCAGCCUCGACCAACAGCCGGGACACCCCAAGCCGUCAUGGCUUCCAUGCUGAAUCGUAAAACGUCGGAGAAUCAGCCUCGGGAAGCGAAUCAACAAUCCUUAUCGUACGAAGGCACGUCGAACGGACAAUCUUUGACUGCCGAUUCAUCCCCAUCAUCCCCUCAACCUUUAUCGAGACUCAAACCCAAAUACGAUGAAUCUCCAACUCAAGCCUCUACAAGCAUUAGCCGUCCCAGCAUCUCCAAGGCUCCUUCACUCGUCAAUGCUGCGAAAGCAGUCCAACAGAUGACCAUGGCCAGAAUAACCCCAGAGGAAGAGAAGGAGGUGGACAGAAUUGUCACGAAAUUUGGAGGUCAAUUCCCAAUCCUGAGGAGAGACUUGAUCCGAAGUGCUGUUCUUCGGCAUCCAAGAGAUCUGGACGCCGCGCUGAAUGAGAUUCACACCAUCGCGCAGAGACAUGCUACGUCUACACCAACGACACAUGUCAUGUCUCGUCCUACACCAUUAUCUUCUUCACCCGUCUCCUUCGCUUCAUCUUCCAAAACGACCAAUUUCAGACCUCCAACCUACUUACAUACCCCCAAUAGUAUCCCAUCGUCCAAGAUCGCUACCUCGUCGCCUCUAGCCGCCACGCCCAAGCCAGCUCCAAAACCGAGGAAGGGAGAGAAAUCGCGAAUUUACGCCAAUCGAGCUGGGAAAGGAAAACGGAAAGAUCCAGACGAGAGUGAGAGUGAGGCAGAGGCCGUGGAAGGAGAGGCUCAAAGCGAAGAAGAGAGUGAUGAAGGGAGCUGGUCAGGUGAUGAGGGUAGACAGAGAAAGCGAUUCAAGGGAGCGGAAGACGAGCUGGAUGCAGAAGGAGAAGCGCUCAAAGCCUUCAACGAGGUGGACGAAGCCAUGUUGACGGGAACGAUUGCCUGCAGUGCUGAACAAGCAGCCAAAAUUAUCUCGCUGAGACCUUAUGAAAACGUCGAUGCUGUCUACACAAAGCUCAACAAGGCGCGUGGUGUGUCCUUCAAGCUCUUUGAACAAUAUACAGAGAUCAUGGAGGGUUAUGUUCAAAUCGAUUCUUGUCUGAAUCGAUGCGAGAGCAUCGCUGCGGAUGUCGCCAACACCUUAUCAGUGUGGCGCGGGGCAUCCAUGAUCAACGACAGUGUCGUUGGCACCCCAAGAUCAGACGGGAUGAACGAUGUCAAAGUGGACGUUGCAAAAGUCGACGAAUUGCUGAAGAUGGAGACGGACAUGAAGAGACGGAAGAUUCUCAGUCAAUACAUCCAGACACAACCGCCAGCUUUGAGCGAAGGCACGAUUUUGAAGGACUAUCAGUUGCUUGGCGUCAAUUGGCUGAACCUGUUGUAUUCUAAAAAGAUUGGUUGCAUCCUCGCCGACGAAAUGGGUCUCGGCAAGACCAUCCAGGUCAUUGCUUUCUUGGCGCAUCUCAAGGAACGUAAAAUCAAAGGUCCACACAUGAUUUUUGUACCUGCUUCAACGCUCGAGAAUUGGGUCCGAGAAUUCGAAAAAUUCUGCCCCGAUAUCGAUGUCCAAUCGUACUAUGGAACUCAGGCGGAGAGGGCGGAUCUUCGAGAUACUAUCAAGAGGCAAUUCCGUAAAGGCAAGCUGCAGGUCGUCCUGGCUUCGUAUACCCAAGUUGCAGCGGCGGACGAUCUCAGCUUUUUCAGGAAAAAGAUUCAAUUCGAAACUUGUAUCUACGAUGAGGGUCAUCGACUCAAGAGUUGUACUACCAAGGCCUACUCGGAUCUCAUGUCCAUCAAGCCGAGAUGGAGGUGUCUGUUGACCGGAACGCCAUUGCAAAACAAUCUACAAGAGCUAGUCUCUCUCCUCAUGUUCAUCCACAAAGAUGUCUUCACCGACGCGGAGCCAUACCUCCGAGCCAUCUUCAAAUCUCAAGGUCAUGCCAACUUGCUUUCCUCACAACGAGUCUCUCGAGCCAGAAAAAUGCUCACGCCAUUUGUCCUCCGUCGUCGGAAAGCCCAUGUACUGGACUUGCCACCCAAAAUUGAGACGGUGGAACACUGCCAAAUGACCCCUGUGCAAGCCAAAUUAUACCGACAAACCUUACAAAGGUCCAAGAAAGUCCUCCAGGAAAUGGACGAAACAACCCUCGAGGCAGAAGCCAACGCUGCGGAUGAUACGGAAGCUCCCAAAGCCAAGUCAAGAUCUAAAGCGGCGGAAAAGAAGUCGGGUUCCGCAGCGAGCUCGUCGAGUCAUAUUCUUAUGGAUCUUCGAAAAGCUGCUUCACACCCCUUGUUAUUCAGACGGCUCUAUUCCGAUGCCAAGGUCAGAUCCAUUGCGAAAGCGUGUUUGGGAACUCCAAAAUGGUGCGAUUCAAAUUUCGACUAUGUUGUCGAGGAUCUAGAGAUUAUGAGCGAUGCGGAGAUCCACCAUUUUUGCGAGGAAUCGGAAUAUGACUCGAUCAAGAAAUUCGCUUUGUCCCGUGAUGUUUUCCUGGAAGGCGGCAAAGUCAUCGCUCUGAAAAAGCAUAUUGAUCGCUGCAAGGCAGAGGGCAAGCGAAUGCUCCUGUUCUCUCAGUUCGUUAUGAUUCUCGAUAUACUUCAGGUAGCUUUACAGCAUAUGGACAUCAAAUAUACUCGGCUCGAUGGAUCUACUCGGACAGACGAGCGUCAACUCAUUGUCGACGAGUUCACAGAGGAUCCCGAUAUCACGGUGUUCCUCCUCUCGACCAAAGCUGGUGGAGUCGGAAUCAAUCUGACAGCCGCGUCUGUUGUCAUCAUAUAUGACCAGGAUUUCAACCCUCAUAAUGACCGUCAAGCUGCGGAUCGGGCCUAUCGUAUCGGUCAAGACAAGGACGUCGAAGUCAUCAAAUUGGUGUCGAAAGAUUCGAUUGAUGAAGACAUGCUGGCUAUUGGCGCUACAAAACUCAAACUUGACGAUGCUGUUGGAGGUGAAGAGGUCACUCUUGAUUCCGAGGCCGCGGGUCCAGGUCAGAAGGACGACAAGACGGCCAAAGAAGUCAAGAAGAGUCUGUUGACGACCUUGCGAAACAAAUUUGAGGCAAAAACCGAGACAGACGACAAGGGCAAUGAGGAGCUUGCGCCUGCGAAUGGGGACGAAGCGUCGCUGGGAGAGCAAAACGAUGUCGAGAUGGAAGAGGCGGAGACGCCUCGCAGGCGGAAGGCUCGUGGAGGUCCAGCGACACAGGUGUCGUAGGACGGUCCUAUAUCUGGAAACUCAUUGUCGAUCACAGUCUUAUCAUAUCGUGUCGAUGCGCGAUGUCGCACUAAUUCGUGCCUGCU